AUGUCGUGGUUAAAAAAACAUGCUCGUGGAGAUAGUCUCCCCAUUUACCAGAUUUGUUUAAUGGUGUUGCCUUCGUUCAUGUUGUAUGGCUAUAACCAAUCAAACCUUGGAGGUGUAACUGGGUUUCAGGACUUUACAAGGCAGUUUCCCAGACUCGAUACGGUUCACUACGAAGGACCAGAAAAAGCCCAUAGAGCAACUAUUCAAGGUAAAUUUAGACCUCGACUAGCAACUGCCGUUGCAAUCUAUACGAUCGGUUGCCUGAUCGGUGCACUUGGUGCAAUUCCCGUCGCUGAUAGAUUGGGAAGACAACGCUCGCUGGCUAUCUUUGCAUCAAUUGCAAGUAUUGGUCUCAUUCUCCAAGCGUCGUCGUUCAGUCUCGGGCAACUUAUCGUUGGGAGAAUCGUUAGUGGCUUGGGAGUUGGCGGCGUCAACACUGUGGUCCCUGUAUGGCAGUCGGAAUGUAGUGCUCCCAAGAGUCGUGGUAAGAACGUUAUCAUUCUUGGAACGUUCAUUGCCUCUGGCAUCGCAUUGGCCGCAUGGAUCAACUACGGACUGUCUUACUACCAACAGUCGCAAUUAUGCUGGCGCUUAGCCUUGGGCAUGCCCCUGGUGUUCUCGAUUCCGCUAAUAAUGACACCAUUCUGCCUUCCCGAAUCACCUCGAUGGUUGGUGAUGAAGGGUAAGCUGGACCAAGCACGGUCGUCAUUCUCCGUCCUCCAGGGAACAGAACCAGAGAGCCAGUCGGUUCAAGAGUCUAUUGAGCAAAUUCAGACUUCCAUGAGCGAUCACAGCAAAGAGAAGACACCUAUCAAGGAUCUAUUCCGCAAUAACUCACAGAAGAACAUGUAUCGCAUAUCGCUUGCUUUCAUCAUCAAUCUGGCCGCGCAAAUGACGGGAGCCAAUGCGAUUACCUACUACGCUACCACAAUCUUCCGGGAGUCUCUCGACUUUACACCACAUAGAGCUUCUCUCCUGGCAGCUUGUGUUUUGACUUGGAAGAUAUUUGCAGCAUUCGGUGCAUUCAUUGCCGUUGAUCGCAUCGGACGGAAGCCACUUCUGAUGGCAUCUGCCUGCGGUAUGUCCGUCUGCAUGGUUGCGCUGGCAGCAUGUGUGUCGCAAAUAUCCGUUUCCAAGGCCGCUGGAGGCGUGGCGGUCUUCUUUCUUUUCCUCUUCAUGUGUUUCUUCCCACUUGGCUUCCUUGGGGCCAACUUCCUUUACUCCGCCGAGAUUGGAACGCAGGAACUCCGUGUGUAUCUCUCCGCCAUCGGUGUCGCGACUCAUUGGCUUUUCAAUUUCGUCGUCGCCGAGAUCACCCCCAUUUGCUUCGCUAAGAUCGGAUACCAAACAUACAUCAUAUAUGGAGUCAUCGGUGCUGCGUUUGCGCCUGUGAUCUGGCUGUUCUUCCCCGAGACGAAUGGGCUUACUCUUGAGGAGAUCGACCAAGUGUUUCAACAGCCGAAACAUUGGUGGAAUGUCACGAGCUACGCGAAACACUUUGCUGCGACGGAGCAGACCCCACCGGAAGGAUAUGACAUGAAGAACUCACAGGGCGAGCGCAAGGAGGUCGUAGAGACUGCUGCGGCUUGA